UCAUUUUUUGUGACUGAGGUUAAUUUUAUUACUGCCCCUCCUGAUGUCGCACAAUUGUCUACUGUCCACGUUGUUUUUCUAACAAGUUUUCAUACAUCAGGUUUCAUUGUUUUUUAAGAAGAGCCACUUGAAGACAAAAUCAUGGGUCUGACAAUUGAUAAUUUUCUGGAAAAGAUCGGUAGUUUUAGCAGAUUUCAGUACAAACUCCUGUUUUUUUGUGGUUUUAUGGAGCUUUUUGGAGCUGGUCUUCAGAUUAUGAUUCCAACCUUCCUCAGCGCUGAACCUCCAUGGCGCUGUAAAGCAAACAGUUCUGCUUGUAAUCUGACUGGAAUUUUCAAGCCAGGAGACGACAAAUACAACUAUCGUUGCUCAAUUCCACGAGGUGAUUGGGAGUUUGACACUACUGAAUUUAAUUCAGUGGUGAGCGAGUGGGACCUAGUCUGUGACGUAUCAGCACUGUCCGCACUGACCAAAGCUGUUAUGUUCCUGGGCUAUUUUAUUGGAGUUGUUUUCGGGGGCGUGUUAGGAGAUAAAUUCGGCCGCAAGCCUGUCAUUUAUUUCAUGUUUUGCCUGAACAACAUUGCAGCAUUGGCUGCAUCUUUCGCACAGGCCUACUGGGUUUAUGUCCUCUUCAGAGUUUUGGUUGGUUUUUUUAUUGGGGUCGGAGGCUUGGGCCUGUAUGUACUGUCGGUGGAGUAUGUAGGAAAACGCCAUCGUCACGUGGUUGGAACCGCCCUGUUUUACUUCUGGGUUCUGUCACUGCUGCUUGUGGCGUUGCUAGCCUACCUGAUAAGAGACUGGCGAACGCUUUCAAUCGUGGGAGCAGCUCCAGGCCUUUUGCAUAUUUUCUUCUGGUGGUUUCUUCCAGAGUCCCCUCGUUGGCUCCUCGCAAAUAAUAAACCUAAUGAAGCCAUGACAGAACUUAAUAAGGUGGCCAAAUUCAACAGAAAAGAAAUGCCCGCUGGAGACCUGGAACAGAAAGAGGAUAAACAGAGACAGGGGGAUUUCCGGGACCUCUUCAGUUCAGUGACGAUGACUAAAAGAACUCUGAUAUCGUGGUUCGCUUGGAUGGUAAUAUCGUUGGUAUAUUACGCUGUUUCAUUCAGUGCUGGAAAUUACGGCGGGAAUCGUUAUCUGGUGUUCUUUUUAAUAAGCCUGGUGGAGUUUCCUUCCAACUGGACUUGUAUUUUCCUUUGCCACAAGAUUGGCCGCAAGAAAACCACCGUUCUUGGACUGGUUGUGGCUUUCAUUUCCUCUGUGAUUGCAGUUUUUUUCCAACGAGAUUUGAAAAACACAGGUUUCAUGGUGGCAAAUAUCAUAAUGGCACAAGUGGUCGCCAAGUUUUUCAUUAACAUGUCCUUCAGCUCAAUCUACGUUUACUCAAGCGAACUCUUUCCGACUGUUAUCAGGAGUGUAGGAGUAGGGACCUCAUCUGCCGCAGCUCGCAUUGGGUCUAUGUCGGCACCAUACAUCAAUUGGUUGAUAAGUGUUCAUAUCAUCUUGCCGUACACCAUUGUGGCGGUGCUUACUUUCAUCUGCACUGUUCUGUGCUUCUUACUGCCAGAAACAAAAGACUCUCCAACUCUUGAGAAUAUGGAUUCCGUUAACAGCACCUCUGCUGAGGAACCAACCGACGAAAAGCUUCCCUUUGAACCAUGCAAGGAGAAGGAAGACAUGGGAGAAUUGCUUCUCAGUCAGAGCUACCCAGCUUAAAUGAUUUAUAAAUGACUUGAUCAAUACUUAAACAAUUUAGGUGUCUCUAAGCUUGGGUUGGGGGAAAAGAUAUUCAGUGCAAAAACGUGAUUCAUCUUCCAAACCAAAUUUGCAAAUGAAACACAAUACGUUAUCCUUACUUUAUCUCUGUUUAAAAAUAUAUUUAACCCCCCCCCCCCCCCCCCCCC